AUGGGUGCAGUAAUGCCUAUAGAGCCUCGGCACCCCUCCGAACCACCCAGCCAUUUCUCACAGUCUUUCCCGCUCAUGAUGGACUCUGCUCUUUACGCAAUAUAUUCUAUCCUCCUGAUCCAGGCCUUGCACAUUCUUCUCUCCCGCCAACGUGCAAGCGCCAAGGUUUCGUGGCACCUCCCCGCGAUGUGUGCGCUGUUCCUGUUGUCCACGCUGCAUAUUACUGUUGCAUGGACGUGGGCAUUCACCACCGAUACCGCCACAACCGCGAUCUACGAGGUGUUUUCGCUGACUUACCCGCUCCCUACCCUAGCGGCUCCAGACGAUCCGCCCAGAGUGCACUAUUUCGCGACCUUCAUCAAAGUCCGGUUUGCGAUUGCCAACUUUAUUGCAGACACUAUUUUGAUGCAUCGUUGCUAUAUAAUCUGGAAUCGACGUUGGAAAAUCAUGAUUAUUCCGGCAAUCGCUUACAUUGUAAACUAUGUGGUCACUCUCCUGCCCCUUUCCCAGUCCACAAGAAGAAGCAUAUUUGCAUCCUGCAUGACAAUCACCUUCCUCACAAAUGUUUUGAUAUCCGCAUUGACUGCGGGUAGAAUAUGGUGGAUGGCACGCAAGAUCAACCGCGUGCUUCAAGGAAGAACCACAACAUUGUACUCAAACCUCAUCGCCAUCCUGCUCGAAAGCGGCUCGAUGUACCCCGCGGCUAUCCUUGUGGGUGUCGGCGCGUGGAUCCCUCACCAAGCCCCUCUCGCGAUGCUGCUCAGCUGUUUUGCUGUCGUAUACCACACUGUAGCCAUCGCCCCCACGCUCGUCAUCGUGCGCAUUGGCCUUGGUAUCAGCAUGAACGACGUGGACGAGUACAUCGCGUCGGUUUGCGUCAACAGCGUCUGCCUGUCCCGGCGCAGUGGCCAUCCAUCAUUGGGUACCUUGCACUUUGCAGUGCCAGCGGCAUCUGCCACAAAUAACAACUCAGGCUGCGCGCCAGAUGUCAGCCUGAGUGAGCCCCAAUUGAAAACUCCCAAUUCGACGGACCACUUCCAGUCCGGGUAUGAUGCGGAGAUGGGCCUAUGCUUUGCGAGCAUGACUCUUGCCCUUACCUUCAGCAGCCAGGACCUCCAAAAUUGUACGCUCUACGAGCCGCGGGCGGGCAACAUCGUGCGGUACAUCCUGAGCUCAGAGUACGCGCCAAAUGCUGUCCCAAGGGUCACGCACAUACGACUGGGCAGUGGCAGGAUCAGCAGCGCCUGCAUAGAUUGGGAACGAUGUCGCUUCGUGGUUGAUGGAGUUGCUCGAGUUUGGAGGGACGGCUUUAGUGCUGGAGAGCAUGACUGGGAGGCUUUGAGCGGGAGACGAUUCGCGCUGAAGUGGCGAAAUUCGGACACGGAACUCGUCGCUCACCCUACCUCGGGCGAUACCAGCGUGGUCCGCUUUACCGUCUUCCGGCCGCGGGGCAUGCUUUUCGGGGAGAAGAGUGGGACGUUAUCGUUCCCGGCGGCCAUGAAGGAGGAGAGCGAGCGAGUGGAGUUGCUAAUGGUGGUCCUGAGGGAAGUGCUGCGGCGUCAUGGAACUGCCAGUGGGUCCGCCAACAGUGGCUGGAGACCCAUGGCCGCAGAAAGUGUUGGGCUGGACGGGAGGGUGAUUAGACCAGGAAGAGUUCAUAGCAACUUGUUCAGCGAUGACCCGCCGCCACCAUAUAGCAGCUAG